AUGUACGACUCCGAAGUAGAAGGGUAUCGUGUACGAGGCGAUCUUCAGAGGCAUCCAGAUUACGGCGCCAAGCAACAAAUUGGAGACAGUAAAGAUCCCAAAGGCAGUGAGUGCAUCACUAAACAGAGUUUUAUGUAUCUGGGGUUCUUUUGUUUCACGGAGUCGCCCGGCCAGAUGGCUCAUAUGCUAUGCUUCUCUGGAGCUAAAGCCAACAAGCGCUUGAAGAAACCUCGAGUAUUGAUUCAGACCUUGAAAUCAAGGGUACACAUAACUUCUUACUGCCGAUGUCCAAAAAUUCCGUUCUAUCUUCUCGCACUAGGUCGAGCUAUGAGAGGCACCAUUCCGGGUACAAAGUGA